AGGAAACACAUUUUUUCCACUAGAAGUCAUCUCGAUAUUACCGAAUAUAUUCGUAUUAUUAUACUACACAUUAGAGCCUUCGAAUGCUAGAUCCCCAAUCUGCCCUCAGCACCAUCAAUGAAGAGAAUGAGAGUGAAAUUUCCGCGUUCACGUAUACAGGAAGUGAUGUUUCUGACGAAGUGCAAUCUUCAUCAAAAGAUAUGGAAAACGGUUCGAAAACUCCUAUAUCUAUGCGAUCUGAAACAUUCAGCAUUGAUACCAAUGCAUCCUCAUACAAGUGCUUCAAAGAAAUCAUCAUGUCCAGUAGUUCCAUGUUCCAAAAUCCUUUCUAUUUUUUUCCUGAUCUAGUAGAUCCAGGAAUAGAAGCUGCAUUCGAAGCAGAAGCACAAAAACCCGCAGACGAUACCGGAUGUCAGACGUAUAAGGAUAUGUGCAAAGAUAUGGAAAUUUAUCCAAUAAGCAAAGUUUGCAAAUCAUUGACCACGGCAGAAUUAAACUUGAAAUAUUACGUUCCAUUUGAGAAGCAGAUGAAGGCAAUCUGUAGGGUAUUAGAAAAUAACACUUUCAUACGAGAACUCAACCUUCAAGACAACUGGUUGUCUGUAGAAUCUUGUACAUACUUAGCCAGUGUUUUAGAGAUGAACACCAAUCUGAGGAUUCUCAAAAUGAAAGAGUGUCGUAUCGGUGUAGAAGGUAUGGCGGCACUGUGCGAAGCUCUAGAAUUGAGCUCUAUUCAAGAGCUAGACCUCAGUUUCAAUUCGCUGGGAAACGACGGUCUGAAAGAGGGAAAAGCUGCUUUCUCUGGAAAUGCCAAUCUCAGUGAAUUGAAUUUGAGCCACAAUGAUUUCACGGAAGAAGCUGUGAACGAUCUACACGAUAUCUUAAUAGAAGCAUACCAUUUGGUGAAACUAGACCUAUCGUGGAACUGUUUCAACACUCCGAAAUGUAUGAGAAAAUUAUGCAGGGGUUUGCUGGAAAAUACGUCACUUGAGUGGUUCAGUUUAGCCUGGAAUGGAAUAGCUACCCAGCAAACCGUUUUUCCUUUCAUAAGAUUCUUGAAGAAAAGCCUAACUCUCAAGUAUUUGGAUAUGAGCAACAAUUUAAUAGGGGGGCCUUCCCUAGAUCUCUUGAUGAAAGGAGUGGCCGAAAGUAAUUCUCUGGAGCAUUUCAAGAUUGGAAACAAUGUUUUUUCGCCCCCCAAAGCCUAUUCAUGUGCGGAAAUAUUAUCGAAACCAAGAGAUAAGCCUCUCAAACUUAUCGAUAUGGAAAAUAUGGUCGUACAGAAAAGAUUUCUCAGUCUGAUGCAAAAUAUCAGAGAACAAGGAAGAAACGUGAUCUACGGAGCUGUACUUACUGAUUACGAGAUUCGUGGCCCCUAUUUGCCGAAAGUUCUGUUCGGACGCUGUAAAUUCCUUGGAAUGAAGCCUAAGAAGAAAAAGAAACGGAUAGAUUUUGGCCACUUUGUCUUAUCGCUUCCCGAUGAACCUAUGUCUUCCGAAGAAUUUCAAGCGGCUCUUGCUGAAAGAAAAUUAAACAAUCUUCUCGAUUCUGACCUAAUUGAAGCAGUGCAAAAUCAUUAUAUGGUGAAGAAAACUCGUAAGAUCGACUGUUCUCAACUGGUCAGUGACUACAUGGUAUUGUAUCCAGACACACAACCAGAGCCCCCCAAAAAGAAGAAACAACCAAAAGAGAAGAAAUCCAAAACAAAUAAGAAAAAUACAUCUGAUGCAUCAUCCAACAAAGAACCUGCCGAACAAGAAGUUAUGAGAACUGAAAUACGAGUGCUACAAGAAGCUCCACAAUCACAAGAACGAAGUAAUGUUGCAAUAAUUGAAAGGAAGCUAUCUUUCGCUCAACCGGAGAAAAAGGAAUCAAAAUCGUCAAAAGAGAAUCCAAUAUCUGCAGAUGAAAGUGGCACUAAGAUGAGUGCAAGUAAAGGUUCCCUCAAGAAAAAGUCAUCAAUUAUGAAAAAGAAGCAACAUGUUUCUUACGUGGAUUUAGAAGAAAAACGAAAUGAAGGAAGUACGGAUAAUGUUGAAGCCAAAAACCAACAGAGCACUUCGCUGAACGCCAGUGGAGUUUUCAUUAUGGAAUCUUCAACUUUAGAAAACUCUUGAAAAAAGAAGAAAAAAUCUGGAUUGUGUAUUUACUUUACUUGGUUAUUGGAUUUUGCUUAUAUUAGAUACUUCAUAUUCUGAUUUAUUAUAAAAUACACACAUGUAUAAUAUAUGAUAGUCUGUUUGAUAAAUAAACGAUAUGAAUAAA